AUGUUUAAGUACCGGAUCCGUAUGUUUUUCAAUGAACUGAAAGUGCUGGUUUUCAUGCGGUCUGGCUCAAGAGGGGAGACCGAUUCAGACACAGACACAGACAGGCGAACGAGCAGCAUGCGAGGGCUCGGGGUAGGAGGCUGCGGGUGGCCACGCUUCGACUGCUCUACUCGGGACGAUGAGGAGGAGUACUAUGGCACCGAUCCCCGGCCGCGCAGCAUGGCAUUCGAGGAGAAGGAUCAGAAGCUCCAAGCAGACCUGGACGCUGUGUCGCUCACAAGCAGCUUGGACAGUGGCAUGCGCUCGCCGCAGUGCCGGAUCUGUUUCCAGGGCCCCGAACAGGGGGAGUUGCUGAGCCCGUGUCGCUGUGACGGCUCUGUGCGCUGUACUCACCAGCCCUGCCUCAUCCGCUGGAUCAGCGAGAGAGGCUCCUGGAGCUGUGAGCUCUGCUACUUCAAGUACCAGGUCCUGGCCAUCAGCACCAAGAACCCACUGCAGUGGCAAGCCAUCUCUCUGACGGUGAUAGAGAAGGUGCAGAUAGCAGCCAUCAUCCUGGGUUCUCUGUUCCUUAUCGCCAGCAUCUCCUGGCUGGUGUGGUCGUCCCUCAGCCCUUCGGCCAAGUGGCAGCGCCAGGACCUGCUCUUCCAGAUCUGCUAUGGCAUGUACGGCUUCAUGGACAUUGUGUGCAUAGGUCUUAUAAUUCAUGAGGGAUCGUCUGUAUACCGGAUCUUUAAGCGCUGGCGGGCGGUGAACCAGCAGUGGAAAGUACUGAACUAUGAGAAAGACAAGGACCUGGGCGACCCCGUCAGCUCCAGCGGCAAGGGUGGGGGGCGUGGGGGUCGAAACCCUCCCCACAGUUCAGCCGGGGCGGACAGGGGAGGCCGGGCAGGCCAGCGUGUUAGGACUAUUCUCAACCACCACUGUGGCUACACCAUCCUGCACAUCCUUAGCCAGCUGAGGCCCAGCGAUGCACGCAUCAGCGCCACGACCAACCGCGAGGUGGUCAUGAGGGUCACCACCGUAUGA